AUGUUGGCGGUUUGGGUCUUUAUUUUAUCUUUGCAACAUGUUUCUGCUCAGUCUCUUGAAGGCCCAGGAAUUGCUCUUUGGAAUGGCACUUCCCCUGAUUCUUCCGCCGCAUCAACUGUUCCAGCUGAUUCUGACAUACCUGUUAGCGAAGAAGCAGAUGCUGCUGCUGCUGCAGAUGAACCCGCUGAAAACCCAUCCUCUGAUAACGGUCAAAGCGUAAAGAAAAACAAAAAGAUUUCUACAUUUGUUCCCUGGACGGUCAAUGUCCCUUCAACAUCUGCUAGUUAUCGCCCACUCCCCACUUCCACUUGGCCAUCUGCCACUCCUUCAGGUGCUGGAAGUUCUGCAAGCGGUUCCGGAUACGGUUCGGGCUCAGGCUCCGGGUCCGGUGUUGGAACCAGCUCUGGUGGCUCUGGUACUGGUGUUGGCAAAGGUAUUGGCGAAGGUGUUGGCGUAGGCAAGGGCACUGGAAGUGAUGGCUCUGGAACCGGUAUUGGUAAAGGUUCAGGCUCUGGUUCAGGUUCCGGAUCUGGUGGUAAAGGUCAAGGUUAUGGCCAUGGCGAAGGUGUUGGCAUAGGAAAAGGAACUGGCUCUAGUUCAACAAAGCCCUCAAUUCCUCAGCAACCUCUUUCUGAUACUGCAGCUUCUGCUGAUGAACCCAAGGCAAUGAACUCGACUAUCACUAAGCCUACUGAUCGCAACUCUACCGCUCCUGUUUCCGUCCCUGCUCCUGCUUCUAUUGUUACACCUAACAAGAUGAACUCUACUGCCCCCGUCGUUGCUUCUGAACCUUCUACUAAGAACUCUACUGUAGUCAAUACUCCUGUGAAUCGCAACACUACCUCACCUCUUAACACUCCUAUAACCCCUGUUGCUUCUUCCAGUCCUAUGAACUCGACCGUUAACACUCCUGUGAACAAGAAUACGACUACUCCUUAUAAUAACUCUGUUCCUGUUAUUGCUUCCAGCAAAAUGAACACUACUGCUCCGGCCUCAAUUAUUUCACCUAGCAAGAUGAACACCACUACUCCUGCUUCAAUUGUUGCGCCCAGCAAGAUGAAUUCUACGGUCCCUGCCUCAGUUAUUGCUCCUAGUAAAAUGAACUCCACCGCUGCUGCCCCAACUUCAAUUAUCAGUCCCAGCAAGAUGAACACUACUGCACCUGCCUCAAUUAUUGCACCCAGUAAGAUGAAUACUACAGCUCCUGCCUCAAUUGUUGCACCCAGCAAGAUGAAUUCUACCGUUAUUACUCCUGUUAACCGCAACACAACUGUUCCUGCCAGCAGUGCUCCUGUUCCUGUUGUUCCCUCAUUGUACAAUACUACCAUCCCCAAGUACAAUACUACUGUUGAUCCUCAAUCUUCUAGCUUGUUCAACAAAACAAAUCCUAUUGCACCAAACAGAUUUAAUGACACUGCGGCUUCUUUCACAUCUGUUGCCCCUCAAAACUUCAACAAUACUUUGCCCAAGACUGCCUCACCUUACGACACUGCUGCUCAAAACUCCUUUGUGUCUUCUUUCUUUACAAAUACCGGUCCUUAUCCUAUCCCAACAUUUACAGCUUCGGUUCCCAGACCUUUCCUCAGAAAUGGCACAGCAACUGCUCUUCCUGUUGGAGUCCCACCGGUUCCUAUUGGAUCUAGUGUAAAGAACUCAACUUUUGUUCCUGUCAAGAAUGGCACUUGGACUACCACUGCUCCGUUCGCCCCUCUUGCAACUAAUGGGACCGCUCUUCCCUCGCUCAAAGUUAACGCAACUGUUGCCACUAACAAGCCUAUUUAUAACAAUGGAACCGUCGCUACGCCUCUUCCUCUCAAUAACACUUCUGCUACUGGUGUUCCUAAGAAUGACUCUGCUUGGUUCCUUCCAAAGUCCAAGAACUGGAAAAAAACUACUUGGACCACUUCAACUGUUACUGCCACAACGGGUACUACUACCACACCUUAUACUACUGUCUGCAGUACUUGGUUAAAUGGAACUAUUCCUCGACCUACCAACGGAACUAUUCCGCGACCUACCAAUGGAACUUUUUCAACAUUUACCUCCACUCGUCCUACUACCACUUCUUCGCUUACGACUGGUAUUCUCACAACUGGCAUUGAGUACACUGUUUACCCAGAUAAUAUCCCUGUUGUCGUUACUACACAUGUUACUCUUCCUUGCUCCAAUGAACCUAACUGUGUUCACACUAACCCGGCUAAGACUUUAACUACCACUAAGCCUCGUUCGAGCAUCACUGUUUACAUUACCAGACCAAGAAACACUACUACUAUCGUAAAUACUGAAAAUGGACCUGAACCUUUUGCAUCUGCGACAGCUUUCGCUACAGCUUCUGCUCAUGCUACCGCUUCUGCUUGGGCAACUGUAAUCCCUGCACCUCCUGUGGUUGUUGUUAUUACUAAGGUUGUUGCCAAUCGUCCUCAGACUACUUACACCAUUACCCAAUUUGAACCUCCCACUUAUACUACUGUUGAUGCUUCCGGUGUUGUUACUACUGUCGAAAUGGAGCCCACAACCGUUUACGUUUCAUAUGAACCUUCUGGUUUGGAUACUGUUACUAGUACUACGACUAAAUAUAAGUCUGCCCCAACUGCACUUGCUACUGCAAAGGCUUCUGCUUAUGCUGAUGCAACUGCUAUUGCUUCAGUCGUUGUUACUGCACCUCCCCCAGUUAUCAUUUAUUCUACCACAACCAGAACUCUUUCAGACUACCCUGGUGUCACACUUACCGAAGUUAAGACGACUACCUCUACACCCCCUCUUACUACUCUCACUCCAACUUCAACUGUCGUAACUUACACACCUUCUGGAUCUUCUUCUGUUACAACAGCUACUGUUACUUACGUUCCUCCUAUUGUGACUGUGCCCACCACUGUCCUUGUAACUGUUGUUCCCACAUCUACUUCAACAUCUUCUUCUCUUGCUGGUUCGUCUAGUUCGUUAGUUUCUUCUUCUCAGUCUUCUAGCUCUUCUAUUAACUACCGGGUGGUUACCGUCACUGUUUACCCAUCUGGAUGGAACUCUCCUUCUACCCCUGCUCCUUCCACUAUUACUGCAACAGCCACUAGCUCCACCCCAACUGCUGCAGUCACUACUGUCACUUUAACCUCAUCUGCCCCAACUGUUGCUACUACUACUGCUACUUCAACUUCAUCAGCUCCAACUAUAAUUACUGUGACUAAAAGUGGAUGGAAGAAUGGUACAAACCCGAUUACCAGUGUUUGGACUCCUCCAGGAUACAACAAGACCAUCACUUUAUCUUCAAUCAACACCGGUGUGGGAAAGAACAAUACUGUAUUCACCUACACACCUUCUACUACCUUCCGCCCAACCAUCAGUGGAACUUUCACAACUCCUUUGGUCAGUGUGGUUACUGUUACUGUCACCCCUAGUCCAACAACAUUUGCUCCUAGCUUUAACAAGACAGUCACUAUUGUUUCUUCUUCCACAAAUGGUUUCAAUAAGACUUUCACUCAAAGCCCUGCUACUUACACCGCCACUCUUACUUCUUCCGCCUCAGUUUCCACUUCUACUUCUCAAUAUGUCCCUAACUUCAACAAUACUAGCAUUUUGACACCCGUUACUACCAUCAGCGUGACUCCUUCAUCUGCAGCUACAAUCAUCUACACCACACCCUCCAAAAAUAAUACUAUUGCCACUCCUGUUACUUAUACUACUACCGUUACCCCAGUUUCAUCUGGUUCAGGCAGCGGUUCAGGUUCUGGUACUGGUUCUGGCUCUGGCAGUGGCUCUGGUGCUGGCUCUGGUUCUGGUUCAGGCUCCGGCUCUGGCUCUGGAACUGGCUCUGGAACUGGCUCUGGAACUGGAUCAGGUGUUGGAACCGGAUCAGGAUCAGGAUCUGGUACUGGUACUGGUACUGGCACUGGCAGUGGCUCUGGAUCUGGUAGUGGCUCUGGAUCUGGCUCAGGCUCAGGCUCUGGUACUGGCACUGGCAGUGGCUCUGGAUCUGGAACUGGAGCUGGAACUGGAUCAGGUGUUGGAACCGGAUCAGGUUCAGGUACUGGCACAGGUAGUGGCUCUGGAUCUGGUAGUGGCUCUGGAUCUGGCAGUGGCUCUGGUACUGGCUCCGGCUCCGGCUCUGGAUCUGGAUCUGGAUCUGGUACUGGAUCUGGCAGUGGCUCAGGUUCUGGCUCAGGUUCUGGCUCUGGAAGUGGCUCAGGUUCUGGCUCUGGAAGUGGCUCAGGUUCUGGCACUGGCUCUGGCAGUGGAUCAGGUGUUGGAAGUGGUUCUGGUUCUGGCUCAGGCUCAGGUUCUGGUACUGGCUCAGGUUCAGGCUCUGGAUUUAACACAAAAUCAAGUUCUGUUGUUCCUACAUCUAUUUCGGUAUCCUCUAGCACAGUUUCUCCUACUUCAUCUUUUAUUUCCACUAGUACAAGCUCAACCGCUCCUAUUUCGUCUUCAGUUUUUACUAGUACAGUUGUUCCCUCUACGUCGUCAGCUGUUACAAGCUCGAGCGUUAUUUCCACUUCUUCAUCAACCUCAACAAGCUCCAUUACCACAUCUUCAUCUUCUAGUGGAUAUGUUGUUGUUGUUACUGUCACUGAGUAUCCUUCAUCCUCAGUUUCCUUGCAAUCAUCAACUUACACUUCCAUCAUCACCUCUGCAACAACCAGUCCAACCUCCUCUAUUAUUUCUAGCUCAACAUCUUCUCCCAGCUCUAUUGUAGUUUCGAGCUCUAGUUUCACAACAACUUCUACAAGUGUUAGCACUGUUUCAAGUAGCUUCACAUCUUUGGCCACUUCAAAAUCUUCUUCCGAACCUUCAAUUGUGUCAAGCUCUACUUCAAAUUCCGGAGAUUACACUAUCACCGUUUACCCUAUUCAAACUGAUACCGGAUAUGGAUCUGGUACCGGCUCAGGCUCUGGCUCUGGCACUGGAUCUGGAUCAGGCACUGGCACUGGCUCUGGCACUGGUUCAGGCUCAGGUACUGGUUCCGGUUCCGGUUCCGGCAGUGGCUCUGGCAGUGGCUCUGGCUCUGGCUCUGGCUCUGGCUCUGGCUCUGGCUCUGGCUCUGGCUCUGGCUCUGGCUCUGGCUCUGGAAGUGGCUCUGGCUCUGGCUCUGGCUCUGGCUCUGGAAGUGGAUCAGGUGUUGGAAGUGGUUCUGGUUCUGGCUCAGGCUCAGGUUCUGGCACUGGCUCAGGUUCUGGUACUGGCUUAGGUUCUGGUACUAGCUCAGGAUCUGGUACUGGAUCUGGCUCAGGAUCUGGCUCUGGCUCUGGUUCUGGUUCUGGCUCUGGUUCUGGCUCUGGUUCUGGUUCUGGUUCUGGCUCUGGCUCAGGAUCUGGUACUGGCUCAGGAUCUGGUACUGGCUCAGGAUCUGGUAAUGGCAGUGGUUCAGGCUCUCUUACUUCAACCGUUUCUCCUUCAUAUAUUUCUACAACUUCUUCUUCCGUUGUUCCUAGCACUUACUCAUCUACCCUUACUGUUCCAGUAUCCACUUCAUCUAGUUCUUCUAUUAUCUCUUCCACUUACACUACUUCAAGCUCGGUUUCAUCAUCAUCUUACACUACGUCAUCCUCCUCUUCUGCCAUUUCAUUGUCAUCCUCAAGCUCCAAACAGACUACUAGUUCUUCUACUUCAUCUUCUCAAAACAAUGUGGUUAUUGUCACCGUCACUGAAUAUCCAGGAACUAGUACUUCGUCCCCAGUUACAAGCCAAACAUCUACAUUCUCGUCCUCCUCGUCACCGGUUGUUAUUACAACCUCUUCCCUUAAAUCGAUCACUAUUCCGGUAACCUCUUCUACUUCUGUUCCAUUAAGUAGUACUGCUGUUAUCACAUCCAUUGUUAAGCCAACCAUGACUAAUUCAGGAAGUGGGUCCGGUUCCGGUUCUGGUGUUGGAACUGGCUCUGGCUCUAGCUCUGGCUCUGGCUCUGGCUCUGGCUCUGGCUCUGGCUCUGGCUCUGGCUCUGGCUCUGGCUCUGGCUCUGGUACUGGCAGUGGUUCAGGUUCAGGUUCAGGUUCAGGUUCAGGUUCAGGUUCUGGUGUUGGAACCGGCUCUGGCACUGGCUCCGGAUCAGGCACUGGCACUGGAACUGGUACUGGCAGUGGUUCUGGUACUGGCUCCGGCUCUGGAUCUGGAUCUGGAUCUGGAUCUGGUACUGGAUCUGGCACUGGCUCCGGUUCAGGUUCAGGUUCAGGUUCAGGUUCUGGCUCCGGCUCUCUCGUUUCGACUUAUACCUCAACUGUUGUCCCUACAUCAUCUUUCUCAGCUAGUUCUUCUACUGCUCCCACAACUUCAUCUAGCAAAUCCACUAUUUAUUCAACCACCCUUCCCACCACAUCCAUUUCUACCAGCUUUACUACCUACGUUACAACUUCGUCUUCCAUUACUAGCUCUUCAAGUGUUGUUCCAUCAACUACCUCAUGCAGCUCUUCAGUUGUUCCUACCACAUCUUUACUUACCACCUCUACUUCACCAUCUUCUUCUAGUGCUACAUCUUUCUCGACUUAUUCCAGUUCUUUCACAUUUUCUACUUUCACUAAGACCAGUGCUGGUUUCUCAUCGGUUACAACCUCGAGCUCUUUCUUGUCCACUUCUACAUCGUCCACAGGUAAUGUUGUGAUUGUAACAGUUACUGAAUAUCCCAGCACUAGCGAGACUUCAAGUUCCUCAUUAACUGUUCUCACUACAUCUUCUACAUCGACAAGCCAGCCUGCUAUAAUUUCUUCUACUUCAACCUUGAAAUCAACAUCUUCAAGCGUUACAGUAACUACAGUUUAUCCUUCAUCUACUAAUUCAGGCUCAGGAUCAGGGACAGGCUCUGGCUCUGGAACUGGAUCAGGCUCUGGCUCUGGCUCUGGCUCUGGCUCUGGCUCUGGCUCUGGCUCUGGCUCUGGCUCUGGCUCUGGCUCUGGCUCUGGCUCUGGCUCUGGCUCUGGCUCUGGCUCUGGCUCUGGCUCUGGCUCUGGCUCUGGCUCUGGCUCUGGCUCUGGCUCUGGCUCUGGCUCUGGAUCCGGCUCCGGCACUGGCUCAGGAUCUGGCACUGGCACUGGAUCUGGAACUGGCUCAGGAUCUGGAUCAGGAUCUGGUUCUGGCACUGGAUCUGGAUCUGGUUCUGGCACUGGCUCAGGCUCUGGUUCUGGCACUGGCUCUGGCUCUGGCUCUGGCUCAGGCUCUGGCUCUGGCUCAGGCUCAGGCUCUGGUUCUGGUUCUGGCACUGGCUCAGGCACUGGCUCAGGCUCAGGCUCAGGCUCCGGCUCUCUCACAUCCACUUUCAUAUCAACAUUGGUUCCCACUUCUUCUAUUUCCAGUUCAUCAGUCAUUUCCUCUUCAGUUAAACCAUCUACUAGUACAUUUACUUCCACUAGCUCAUCAGUUAAUUCAUCUACUAAACUUACUACAUCAGUGUCUCCUAAUACUUCUUCUUCCAAAACCACCUCAUUUUCUAUUUCGUUUAGUACUAUUUCACCCACUACUUCUUUCACUGCUCAUUCAUCUACCGCCUCUUCCAGUGUUCCUUCGUCAUCCACAUUCUUUAGCUCUUUCACUUUUUCAACUUCUACUAAGACCAGCGUUGGAAGCAUCUCGAGCUCCAUUUUAUCUUCUGCCACUUCUACAUCGACUUCUAAAGACAAUGUGGUCAUUGUUACUGUCACAGAGUAUCCUAGUACAAGCUCAUCAAUUGCUAGCCAAACUACAUCCUUGUCAUCAUCUUCCUCAUCGUCUAUUUCCCUCUCUACGGCUACAUCUACUGUAAUUUUGUCAUCUUCUAGCCAUCCCUCAACUACUGCCACACCCACUUAUGCUUCUAGCUCUGAAUUCACUACCACUAUUUAUCCUACAUCUACUGCAGGUACUGGCUCAGGCACUGGCUCUGGCUCAGGCUCUGGAUCUGGCACUGGAUCUGGCACUGGUUCUGGAUCAGGCUCUGGAAGUGGCACUGGUACAGGCUCUGGAAGUGGCUCAGGAUCUGGCACUGGCUCUGGAAGUGGCUCUGGCACUGGCUCUGGCACCGGCUCUGGCACUGGCUCUGGCACCGGCUCUGGCACUGGCACUGGAUCAGGUGUUGGAAGUGGCUCUGGCAGUGGCUCAGGCUCAGGAUCUGGUACUGGCUCAGGAUCUGGUACUGGCUCAGGAUCUGGUACUGGUUCAGGAUCUAGCACUGGCACUGGAUCUGGCACUGGUACAGGCUCUGGCAGUGGCUCAGGCUCAGGAUCUGGUACUGGCUCCGGAUCUGGUACUGGUUCAGGAUCUGGCACUGGCACUGGAUCUGGCACUGGUACAGGCUCUGGAAGUGGCUCAGGAUCUGGCACAGGCUCUGGAAGUGGUACUGGCUCUGGCACUGGCACUGGCACUGGCACUGGCACUGGCACUGGCACUGGCACUGGCACUGGCACUGGCACUGGCACUGGCACUGGCACUGGCACUGGCACUGGCACUGGCUCAGGCUCUGGCUCAGGCUCAGGCUCAGGCUCAGGCUCAGGCUCAGGCUCAGGCUCAGGCUCAGGCUCAGGCUCUGGUACUGGCUCUGGUACUGGCUCUGGUUCCGGCUCUCUCACAACUUCUGUUAUUCCAUCAGUUGUCACAUCUGUUUCUUCUUCAUCAUCUUCUUCAGACAAUUUGGUUAUUGUUACUGUUACUGAGUACCCAACUACUUCAUCUUCAUCUUCAUCUUCUUCGGUUUCAACUUCAAAAACAUUCUCCUCUAGUAGUUCGACCUUUUCCCAGUCUUCAGUUCAGCCAUCUGUUGUCAUUGUUACCGUUUACCCAUCUGAGACUUCUUCUAGCUCUUCGGUAUUGAGCACAUCUACCUCUUUUACUACCUCCACAUCCUCUUUAUUUGUCGCUUCUACCACUAGCUCCACCACCUCAACUUCAUGCACUACUACAGCUGUUUCCUCCUCUUUUAGUUCAUCUGAGAUUGGAUAUACUGCCACCUCUACCUCUACUACAGCCACAUUUUACCCUAAGCCCUCUGAACAAGGUUCCAUUGGCGUUGGUGCUGGUUCUUCUAGCUCCACUGGUUCCACCGGUGCUGGCAGUUCUGCAGGAAUUAUUGGAAACGGUGCGACAGGUGCAGGAAGUGCUGCAGGUUCUGGAUCUACUGCUGCUAAGAGUUCUGCUGGUUCUGGCCCUGAUGGUGCUUCUAGCAAAGCCUGUGUCAUGGGAUCUGAUGGUCCUAUUUGCGCAGGAAGCUCUGCAAGUCCCCUGGGCUCUGGUGCUGGUAGCUCUGCUGGAUCUUCCACACCUUUCGGAUCUAUUGGUUCUGGAAGCCAAGCUGGUUCUAGCACUACUCCAUUUGGCUCUGGUGCUGGAAGUGCUGCCGGUUCUUUUACUCCUUUUGGCGAAACUGGUGCUAAGAGCGGUGCUGAAUCCGGAGUUCAAGGAUCCCAACCAUUUGUUGCUUCCGGAAGCGGCGCAGCAGCAGCUGGACCUAAUGGUAAGGUUGGUGCUGAAACAUUCACCGGGUUUGGUGGCCAUCAAGUUGUUAGUGGUCCUUCUGACCCUACUUCACAAGUUGGUUCUGUUGAUACCAAGGGAAUUAGCGCUAUGGGCGGUGCAGUUAUUGGCUCGACUCAUCUCAAGCCCGUUGCUCCUGUCUAUGGUGGCUCCAUGGAUAUGCCAUUUGUCCCCAGUUCUUCUGGUGCUAAUGGUGAUGUCCCUGUGGUCCUUGGUUCCAACGUUAAGUCGUAUGGCCCAGAGAUGGCUAGCGAUUUUGCCACAGUUUCUCAAGUUGCUACUGCACACUCGUCUGUUGUUUAUGGAACCCCAAAUUACAGCGUCACAAAAUCUGUGGUCGCUCAAUCUCCAACAACAGCCUUUUCAGUUUAUGCUAGUACUGCAACUUCUGCUCAACACAAGGCAUCUUCGACCGCCUCCUAUGUUUCUCACUCUGCACCAACUACCAGCUCGCUUGCUCAAGUUAACUCCGGUACAUCUGUCAGCGCCACCUCUAUUCUUUCAUACUUGAGUGUGAGCUUUGUUAUGUUUAUGCUUUUCUAA